UUUUGAGGGUUUCAAAUCCUCGUCUUGGUCAGCCAGAAUCUCAAACCUCAGCUGGGGUCUCAAACUCUCAUCUGAAUCUCAAACCCAGUUCCAAGGUUUCGAACCUACUACAAUAUUCAUUUGA